CCGGAACAAAUUUCAUUCCCAAAUUCUAAAACAAUGUCCACCAAGGCUGACGGCAAGAGCAGCACUAGCACUGUGGAAACCAAGGCGUCGGACUCCAGUUCAUCCAUCACGCGAGCGCUCAACCUGCACGGAUACCACAUGGGAAUCAAGAUCGGAAAGGGAUCAUUUUCCUCCGUCCGGUUGGCCAAGUAUAUCAGCAAAAAUCAGAACGUCCAAACACUGGCCUGCAAGGUGAUCGACGUUCGCAAGGGAACGGAGGAGUUUGUCAAGAAGUUUUUCCCGCGAGAGUUGAAUGUUCUGAUGAAGAUCCGCCAUCGGCACAUCGUCCGGAUCCACAGCAUUCUCAAACGGGAACGGAUGGUGUUUAUCUUCAUGGACUACGCGGAGGGAGGAGACCUGCUCAAGUACAUCAACAAGAACGGGAUCGUCAAGGAGAGUCAAGCCAAGCGGUGGUUCGCCCAGCUGGUCAGUGCUUUGAAGUACCUCCAUUCGAUCGACAUUGCCCACCGGGAUCUCAAGUGCGAGAACAUCCUAAUUUCGAAGAAGGGAACCAUCCUGCUGGCGGACUUUGGCUUUGCACGCGUCUGUGGCGAGGAGAAUGGGAACUUCUCCUGCACGUACUGCGGUUCAGCGGCUUACGCCGCUCCGGAGGUCAUCCUGGGCAAACCGUACAAUCCGAUGUGGGCCGACGUUUGGUCGCUGGGUAUUAUUCUGUACGUGAUGCUGAAUGCGGCGAUGCCGUUUGACGAUCGGAACCUGAAGAAACUGGUUGAAGACCACCGGAAUCGGAACUUUGGGUUCGACGAAGCCGUCGACAAGCAGCUGAGUUUGGAGGCGAAGAUAACGGUUUUCGAACUGCUGAAUCCGGAUCCGGAGGAAAGAAUUCAACUGGGUCAGUUGAACGAUAUCGGGUGGAUUGACGAGAAUUCCGACAAAGAGAAGAAGCGAAAACUGGGUGAGUUGUGUGGGAAGAAGACCACUGCCAAGCCAACGACGACGGGGUGCAAAUGUUGA